GGUGGGUGGCCUUCAUCAUCCUCCUCCUCAUCAUCGUCACGGCGGCCUUCAUCAUCCCCGUGGCCUUCAUCGUCGCCGUGGUGACGGCCUUCAUCAUCGUCGUCAUCAUCGUCACGGCCGUGGCCUUCCUCCCCCUCGCGGCCUUCGGCGUCACCAUGGCGAUGGCGCCCGUGGCCUUCACCCUCCUCAUCCUCGCCUUCAUCGCCGUCACCCUCCUCAUCCUCGCGGCCUCCGCGGCCUUCCUCGCCCUGGUGAGGAUGAUGAUGGUGGUCUCCAGGGGAGCCUUCGUCACUCUGAGGAUGAUGAUGGUGGUCUCCAGGGGAGCCUUCAUCACUCUGGUGGUGAUGAUGAUGGUGAUGAGGAUGAUGAAGGCUCUGGCCUUCCUCCCCCUCGCCCUCCUCAUCCUCCCCUCCGCGGGGGGGUGUCCGGCCUUCCUCCCCUCCGUGAUGAUGAUGAUGGUGGUGGGGGUCUCCAUGGGAGCCUUCAUCCCCUCCGUGAUGAUGAUGAUGGUGGUGGGGGUCUCCAUGGGAGCCUUCAUCCCCUCCGUGAUGAUGAUGAUGGUGGUGGGGAUCACUGGGAGAGCCUUCAUCCCUGUGAGGAUGAGGAUGGUGGGGGUCACCAGGGGAGCCUUCAUCCCUCUGAGGAUGAUGAUGGUGGUCUCCAGGGGAGCCUUCGUCACUCUGAGGAUGAUGGUGGUGGUCUCCAGGGGAGCCUUCGUCCCUCUGGUGGUGGUGAUGAUGAUGAUGAGGAUGAUGAAGGCUCUGGCCUUCCUCCCCCUCGCCCUCCUCAUCCUCCCCUCCGCGGGGGGGUGUCCGGCCUUCCUCCCCUCCGUGAUGAUGGUGAUGGUGGUGGGGAUCACUGGGAGAGCCUUCAUCCCUGUGAGGAUGAGGAUGGUGGGGGUCACCAGGGGAGCCUUCAUCCCUCUGAGGAUGAGGAUGAUGAUGAUGGUGGGGGUCUCCAUGGGAGCCUUCAUCCCUGUGAGGAUGAUGAUGGUGGGGGUCACCAGGGGAGCCUUCAUCCCCCUGAUGAUGAGGAUGAUGAUGGUCUAUGUGGGAGCCUUCAUCCCUCUGAGGAUGAUGAUGGUCACUGGGGGAGCCUUCCUCCCUCUGAGGGCGAUGAUGAUGAUGGUGACCAGGGAAGCCUUCAUCCCCCUGAGGAUGAUGAUGAACAGAGUGACCGCUGAGUGACCAGCGAGUGAUCAAUGAGAGACUGCUGAGUGACCGCUGGGUUAUCACAGAGUGACCACGGAGUGACCGCUGGGUGACCACUGGGUGACCGCUGAGUGACCAGUCAGUGACUGCUGGGUGACCGCUGAGUCAUCAGAGUGACCGCUGAGUGACCGCUGGGUGACCACAGAGAGACCACUGAAUGACCGCCAAGUGACUGCCGAGUGACCGCUGAGUUAUCACAGAGUGACCGGCGCCGAGUGACCACUGGGAGUGACCACAGAGAAACCACGGAGAAAUCACAGAGUGACCAGUGCUGAGUGACCACUGGGAGUGACCACGG